AUGAUUGAUUGUGGAAAUGGUCUGGUUGCAGGCGAGACGGUGGGUUCCUCAGUUUUAAUAUGAGAAUUGAGAAAUUUGUAGCAGGUAAAAGUCUUACAAGGAAGUUUCGGCAGGGCGUCGCGACCUUUGCGGGCAACCACUUCGUGGGCAGCCAACAUUUGCAGAUUAGAAUUACGAUUUUUCUACCGUAAUCUACGUAGUAUAAUAGAAAUUUUGCAUUGACAACUUUUUUGGUAUCGAUAAGCGCACGAAUCUAUUGAAUUCGUCCACCGCUUUUGAAUUUAUGGAGGUUUGUUUCCAGAAAAUGUUUUCUGAACCUUUAAAAAUGCCUGGUUAACCUUGUGGUAGCUAUUCAAGUCACUGAUACUCCUGUUCUAAACAAAUGUUGGCUGAUUUUCAAACAUUGCCACAGAAUCGUCGUGAUUCUUUUAACUGCCCGCAAAGUGGUUGUCCACAAGUGUUGGCCCGCCUCGGCGGUGUUUGGGAAGCUAGAGUUAUCGGUCCUGCCAAUGCCCUAGAAAAUUAUGCAUGAAAUUUUUACAAUGAAUCUCUAUGGCCUCGCUACUAUCAGUCUGUGGGGAAAAUGAUGCGGGCUUUGUCAUAAGUUAUAUUUAAGUAUGCAUGUAAAAAUUUUCCUGUGGUCACUCAAACAAAGCCAUGAUAAAAAGUGCAAUUGCACACCAGAAUUUUCGCGAAACCCAAACCGCGUUCUUUGCAAGUUCACCUUUUCAUGUGAUCAGUUACACUCUUAACUUCGUUUUUAUUUACGGACGACCAAGGUUAUUAUUAUUGCGGCAUGCUGCAGUUUCAUAAACAGCGGUUCAAAUAGACUUUUUUGGGUGGAGCUUGAAAUAUUUUGUCGUUAUGUCGUUCAAGUUGUGGCUUCUGUGACUCUUUAUCAAGUUUUUUUUAUUCUGCUAAUCUGUAAGUUAAGAUUUAGAUGGAGAACGAAGCAAUUAUUGGAUUCACGAAACGCUCAACGCCAUGGCGAAGCAUCGCGGUUAUGGCGGGCUUGGAAUUUGGCUAUGGAUUUCAACUGGCGCUUUAUUUGGCUCCCAUCUGGCCGUAUUUACAAGUUGUACGAAAAGUUUCUUUCUUAUUGUUAGAAUGGGAAGUACCCCAAGUGCGACGCUCAGGUUUUCUUUCAAUUUUACACAACGUCAGGCAUAUACUACAUAUCAAUCGCUGAAGGUUUUAGAUUGCGCUUUUCUGGUGGAGCCGGGAUAUUGAACAACCCUUGACGCCGAGAGAGUACGCGAGAUGCGGAGAGCGUCACAGGGAAAAACACCUUUUGGGGAAAGCUUUGCUAGCUUCGUGCGGAAAAAAACUAUUUUUUUGCCGAAAAAAUUACUUACUAUCUACGGCAGAAAUAGACAUGAAAAUUUUUGCCAAAAAAUUGACAAAAACAGUCACCUUUUUGCCAACUUUCAAUCUUAAAAUGUUGACCGUUUUUGCAAAGCGCGAGCCAGGAGUCUCGCAUUUGUUGAAAAAAAUUAUUCUAAAUUUGUGCCAAGUUUCACCAAAACCUGAGCGUUGCACUAGCGCUACUUCCGCAAUAACAAUAAGCCAAAUUACGACGGCCGAUUUCUUACACACAAUAUCUUUCCAGAUCGACAAAUCAGCUUCAGACCGCUUCUACGGCCUGAUUGUUAUGGCCAACGCGCUGGGCCAGCUGAUCGCCUGUCCUCUCUUCGGAUUUUGGAGCCGACGAGUUUCGACGAUAGUCACACCAAUAUAUCUAUGCUUGACGCUGACAUUGCUGGGAAAUAUUUUGUUUCUAACGGCCGCGUUUCUGCCUGACAAUGCAAAGUUUGUAAUUUUGAUCAGCCGAUUUGUUAUUGGGACUGGAGAGGCUGUGUUGACGUUGACGCGGAGCUACACAGCUAUGGCGAGCCUGCCUAGCGACAGAUCCAAAGCGUAUGGGUUCUCGGCCGCCGGAUUGGCGUUGGGAUUGCUGGUUGGACCAGGUAAGGUUAAAGUGUCUGAAGUUGUUUUUUUAUAACGUAUACCAUAAGGGAGAGACUCAAGAUACGACGGCCGGAUACUGACGAAAUUUGAGGCUAAUUCAGAUUGAUUAUUUUUAAGGGUAUAUGCUAGGUUUUUCGUGCUCACUUUGAGAGAAAUUAAUGAGAUUUUUAAAUCCGGAGGUUGUCAAAAAUGUUGCACUUUUUGACGAAUUUUGGCAUGAAAAGUUUCAUGCCUAUAACUACCCUAGUGAGCAAUGUUUCUACAAAAAAUCAACUUUUUCCGCGUGAAACUUGCAAAGAUACGGCCAAGAAUUUUUUUUCUCUGUGACCUUCCUUCGCGUCUCACAUAUUCUCUCGGCCACAAAGAUCGUUCAAUAUCUCGGCUGAGCCUACAAAGCAUGAGCUAAAAUUUGCAAGAAUUGAUAUGUGGCCUAAGCUUGAUAGGUAUACAAAAUUUGAAGAAAAUAUGAACGUCGCACUUGUGGUACUACACUUCCUUGUCAGCAUAAUUUCCCCCCCUAUUUCCAGCAAUUCAAAUCGCCUUUUCCUUCCUCGACUACCCCGGCAUCCUGCUCUUCUCCAGGCUUCGCCUCAACCUCUACACAAUCGCGCCGCUCGCGGUGUUGUUGACCACACUCAUCGAGCUUUUUGUUUUCAAGUUCGUCUUCGAAGAGACGUAUCCCGCCAUUGUGAAAGACAAAACAACGCAGGAAAAGAUCCGCUGCGACAAGCUGGCGAUGGUUGUAAUGUACUUUGCACGGUUCUGUCAAUAUUUUUCAUUCGCUUGUGCAGAAACGUAGGUUCUGGAAGGUUCUUCCAAAUUUCUUGGCUACAGUACCAUCUGAAUUUUUUAACAAUGUCAUUUAUAGUUUGGCAGCGACUUAUAUUAUGUCAAUGUACGCCAAAACUCACGACGAAACGGCCACAUUGUUGUCGAUUUUGAAUACAAUCGAAGGAUUGCUGGCUUUGGCGGCUUAUGUGUUCUUUAUCGUCGUCAAGGUGGAGAAAUGGUAAGGAAUCGUUUAUGGGGAGCAAGUACAUAGGUGUUAUAUACAGUAAUGCACCCACAGUCAGUGGAAAAAACGUACCAUUUUGCAUCCGGGAAGUAUCAAAAAUGUGGCGAAAUGCUUCCCUCUCCAAGUAAAAAAAAGCGCGCCCGCUCUUUUUGAGAGGGAAAGGGCGCGCCAUUCAAGACAAAGUUUUUUUCACCUGGAGAGGGAAGCAUUUUGCCACAUUUUUGAUACUUCCUGGAUGCAAAAUGGUAUAUUUUUUUGCCACUGGAUCAAGUCCCCCGCUGUAGUCAUCAAAAAUGUAUAUACACUGUUGGUUCCAGGAAGGAACGAAAAUACCGAAAAAAGGUUCCCUUUCUGGCCAAAAAAGAAGAAAAGGAAUUUUGAUCAAAAAGGAUCCAUUCGCAAAUUUAACGUCGAAAAUUGCCGAUAAACAACUUUUUUUAGGAUCUCCUUCCGGCUCCUCUCCAUUAUCGGUUUUCUUGGCCUUACGAUCUUGCCGUUCGCCGGAAUUCCCUACCCCUUCUAUCCGACCAACAUUGCAAUCGCUGCGACGGUGAACAGUAAGUUUCUUUGUUUUUUUUAGUUUAAAGUGACAUCGAACACCGCAAUCCGAUGUUUGAAACUAUUGCAUUUUCUUAAACGAAGUUUCUAGUAUGGGAGCGUCGGGAAUGAGUAGCAAUUUGUCAAGCUGUUCAGAUCUUUCUUGCUUAUUACAGCAAUAAGUCGAAGUGUUGAAAAAAUGACAAAUCACUAAAUUGCUUUUGGGAAGAAACGAUUUUUCUGGAGAUUGGGGGAGCUGCAAAUAUCAUAUUAUAAAUUUGCAAUCAAAAAGUAUCCAUUUGUCGUCAAAAAAUUAACAUUGAAAACUCUAACUUUAGACGUCACAUCUCCCGGAUGUUCCACAGCACUGUAUUCGUGGUGUUAUGAUACAAAACAAGUCAAUUUCCUCGUGUUCACAAUAGCGCUGGUAGUCAGCAUUGGAGCCGUUUUCAACAUGAUGACAGUCGUGUUGAGCACAAUGUUCUCAAAGAUUAUUGGGCCAAAGCCGCAGACUUGCCAACAGAGCUUCUUCCAGUCAACGGCAUGUUUUGGAAGGAUUGUUGGUCCGGUUUUGAUAAGGUAGGAGUAAUUGCAGUGUAUAAAUAGGCAGAGUGUUUCUGAUUUAUAACAAUUUGAUGCCGCUAGGUUAAAAAACGACCUGUAAAUUUUUGACAGUUUGACCCAGGGUCUUAAAAAGUAAGCCUAAUGCAGUAUUACCUCAAAAAUGGUAAGCUUCUCAAGCGCGACGCUCAGAUCUUCUAUAAUUUUUGCGGGAACGUUUCGCACGCUACACUUAUCAAUUCCUAAAAGCCUUGGCUUCAGCUUGGAAGAGACAGCCGAGAUAUUCGGCGAUCUCUGUAGCCGAGAGAGUACGCUAAACAAGCAGAGCGCUCAGUGAGCGAAAUCAUUCGACCACUUCUCUGCCUGAUUCGUGUGAAAAAAGUUGAUUUCUUGUUCAACAUUUUUCUUCAUGGUAUAAAAGGGAAAAGAAAAGUUUUAUGCCAAAAUUGGCAAAAAUGUUGUCGUAUUUUUGCCAGUAAUUAAACGCUAUGUAUGGACAUGACAAACAACCAUUUUCCUUUGUAAAAUACGAUUCUUGCAGCUCCCUCUUCACAAGAUACGGCCCAGCCGCCGCAUGGCUCUCCCAACUAGCCCUACUCUUUGUUGUUCUCAUAGUUUUAUCCUCCACAUAUCAUCGACUGGUGCCGGCGCAAUUCGAACCGCCUUACAAGAAACAAACCAACGCAAGGCAUUGA